AGGGUAAGUCGAGCAUCUAAAGUCACUCAGUAACCACUUUACAGUCGGUAUCUGAGCUAUGCACGGCUUCCUCGGACGUACAGGUGCUCACUAGUAUCAACAUUGAUGACGUCACCGUUCGCUCAUCCAUACAACACCACACCAUUUUGCCCUACGGCCCAUGCACGAUCUGACUUCUGUAGCUCAGAUCCCAGUAAUAUCUGGCAUAAACGUGUAAAACAUGCCCGAUGAGUGGAGCACAACGUGUAUCUGGCAUGUAUGGGUCAUGACAGCAUCAGCGAUGUGCCUAACAGAUCAGUCCCUGUGUCUCCAUACAUAAAAGCUUAACGGCACUGGGCAGUUCCACCGGUCUACAACAACAUUUUUCCUUCUGGUAUUUCCACCUGAAACGUAUCUAGAUAUUCGAGAUGCAGCACGUCCUCCAAGCUGGCCUCAGCUCCGGCAUGUCCGCCGUCAGCGGCAUUCACACCGGUAGCCAUGUGAAGCCGAACCCUGUCCGCGAAACCAACCCCAACUUUGACGGCCUUGCCGCUGUCAUCCCAGAAAGAGAGGUUCCUUCCGCGCGCAAUCUCGUCACCUAUAAGGGCAAAAAUGGCAAUGUCCAAGCACCACCCCUUUGCAUCGGCGCAUGGCCCUGGGGCGACAAGUCAACCUUUCACUGGGACGACUCUGAGUUUCCUGCUGUUCAGCAAGCAUGGCAGCUCUGCGUCAGCCGGGGCGUUAACUUCAUCGAUACAGCGCAAGUCUACGGCACCGGGGAGUCAGAAGCAAUCUGCGGCCGUCUAUUCCAAGGAAUGAACAGGAAUGAUUUCGUGAUUCAGACGAAGUUCUUCGUCGUUCCACAGCUCAAGGAUAUCUUGCAUCCACAAUCUGCACCACUGAAGAAGCUGGAGACCAGUUGCAAGAACCUCGGCGUGGACUAUGUCGACAUUUACCUUGUCCAUGGACCCAUCCACGUCCAGUCCAUCAGCAUGAUUGCCAAGGGUAUGGCUGAGUGCGUCGAGAAGGGUCUUACCAAAUGUGUCGGUGUAGCGAACUACAGCACAGAAGACAUGAUCAAGUUCGCAGAUGAGCUUGCGAAGUACAACGUUCCACUCGCGAUCAAUCAAUGCGAGUUCAGCGUUCUCCGCCGUCAACCUGAACUCUCCGGUCUUCUUCAAGCUUGCAAAGAGCGCGGUAUCGUCUUUCAGUCUUACUCGUCUCUCGCACAAGGCCGUUUGAGUGGAAAAUACAACGCCCAAAACCAGCCACCGAAGACAUACCGCUUCAGCAGCUACGACAUGAAGGAUGUUGAUCCCGUGGUUUCCGUGUUGCAACAGAUCGGCGAGAAGCAUGGUGUGAAGCCGGGCGCUGUAGCGCUUAACUACAACCUCUGCAAGGGCAUCACACCAGUGGUGGGCAUCAGGAAGUUGGAGCAGGCAAAAGAAAACUGUAGUAGUUUGGAGUGGAGAUUGACGAAUGACGAGAUCAGGGAGAUUGAUGGGGCGAGUUUCGAGGGGCAUACUACGCAGAUGUGGCAGCAGGGGUAAACCGAGAUAGAGCAAAGUAUAUAGUACAAUUAAAUGUCCUUUUAGUCU